CUUGAAUGGCGUUUCGAAGAAGAACUAACUCAUUGCACUGAUGUCCUACUGUCGCGGAUAGAGAGCCCAUUUCAUUCUGUAGUUGUUUCAUUGCAGAAAGGGAAAGAUUUUCUCUUUCCAAGCAUGCCAUUGAAAUCUUAUGCUGAUUUAAUUCAGUUAGUAAGUCCAAGUGGUCUGAGGAAUUAUUUUCUUUUGACUUCUGCUGCAGAAGAAGUGUUUCAAGAAGGUAAAAAUCGCAAAUACAUUUAAUAUGAAGCGGAAUCUAUUUACUUACCUGGUUGAAAGUAUUUUGGAUAUAAGAAAUGAGGCUCGAUUGUUCUGAGACGAUGUCAGAAAGCCUUUUUACCUCCGCUCGAAGGCAUUCGAUUUCAUCAAAGCUAUCUUCUUGAACCUCUUCCGAAGGCGAUGGUGUUGAACAUGGGUAAUUUUGGUUACGUAUAUUUGGCGAUAUGAAAACUGCUAUGCUUUUGA